CUUAGUGUGGUGCAGCUUGAUUCAUGGGAAAACACCACCCUCGACUAUUAAACAAAUAAGACUGCUGUGGAUAUCUUUCGGCCCUGCUGUGGUAUCUGUGGCUGAAUUCUAACAUGAGCGAGGAGGAGGGUAAGGAAGGAUGGUAAACUGAGACGGGUCCUUCCAUCCCUGCCAAGGGGACAUGCACCACCAUUGCCAUGUGGAUUCUGAAAUUGCACACUGGCUUUCUGUUAUACAUCUGGAGAGAUAUCAAGAUACCUUCAAGCAACAUGGAUUUGACUCAGUCAGGGAUGUGAUCUCGCUCAGUAAAGAGGACUUACAGAAGCUUGGCAUCACUGCUACUGGUCAUCGCAAAAGGAUUCUGAAUUUAGUCCAACAAACCCGGCAGUUGGUGGGGAACAAAAGUGAGCUCAUGGCAGGAGAUACCCAUCACAAGUCUGGCAGAUGUACAGAUGCUCUCAAUGGACCUAAAGCUGAAGAGAAGAAUGAUGUUGACAGGAACAGAGAAAUCAUAGCAGAAACCUUUUCUGACCCUAGGAUUCAACAUGACUUAACAGAUCAGAACCAAAAUUCACCAUCAAAUAAGAAGCCGACGUCUCAAGUGGCCAAGCCAAUACCCAAACCCAGAACUGUGUUUCCUCAUGCACAUCGGACAGCAAAACCAAAGCAGGCUCCAUGGCUGAAACCGCAACCAUCUGGUCCUUCUCAUAAACCUACUUCUUUGCCCAAACAAACUCUAGGAACAUCUUUUACCUCGGAGGGGUUUGAGGCAAGUAAAAGUGCCACGAAUGCUGAGGGCCUUGGGAUUACAACAGAUUCCCAGCCUGGGAUGGGAAAUAAAGUCUCAAGCAUCAUCCUGCCAGCUCAAUAUAGGGAAUGGAUGAAUAACUCAGAAUCUGCUCUGCUGCCUUUUAUUUCUGUGAAAGAAAUGAACAGCGAGGUCCAGAGUGUGGAUGAAGCCUCCUUUUACUCCAGUCCUACUUGUUUUGCCUGUCAGAGCCAGGCUGUGGACACCAGUCCAUCAGAGCCCCUUUCAACUGUUUCCAGAGUACAGAGAGAACCCUUGCCACUUUCGCCUGCCCUUAACAAGUCUUCCUCCCCAGAGGAUAGGAAUGAGAUGGUAUUGGAUGUUGCUGCACUAUUGCCAGUGCCAACCAAAAGUGUGGAUGUAAAGGAGACUCCAAGGCAUCAAUCGAGUACAGAGCCUUCUGGCCUAACUGUGCAAAAUGGGAUUGUGACCAUGGAGAAGGAAACCAAUUCCAUGAGACAACUCUGCCAGAAUCUAGACCACACACCACAGGGAUCAGACAACAGUUCAGGUCCAGCUGAAGAGGCCAUCAGUCCUUACUGUGAGAGUAUGUUUGGACAGUUCUGGUCUUCUCAGGGUGCAGCUUCCCUUGAAUGUCAGGAAUAUGAAGAGGUGCCAGAAUGUGCAUCAAGCCAGAGAGAAGGGCCUGCGAGCACCAGGUCAGAAGAAAAAAGCCCAUCUGCUAAGAAGGAAACUGCUCCCAACAGCUGCAUUGCCCAGAAAGAGAAUGAGGGUUACUCCACAGUGGAGGCUCCGUGGGCACAAGGCUCUCCAUUCAGACUCUCCGAUCACCUGUAUCCAGACGAAGUUUUAGAUGACUUGACCAUCUCUCCCUAUGCCAGCUAUACCUCAUUGUCGGAGCGGCCAUCCACUGUGCUCAUUGGCUGGCUAGACAAGCUCUCUCCACAAGGGAAUUACGUCUUCCAGCGACGCUUUGUCAGAUUUGAUGGAAAAAACAUCAUGUAUUUUAACAAUGAGAAGGAGCCGUAUCCUAAAGGAAUGAUCCCUCUCACCAUCAUUGAUAUGGUGCGUUCCACCAAGGACAGCAAAUUCCAGGUUGUCACAAAGCACAGGAUCUUUGUCUUCCGGGCUGAAAGUGAGGCACAGCGGGAAGAAUGGUGCAACACUCUUCAGCAGAAGGUGACUGAGCAGCGAAUGCUUUGUUCCCGGCCAUGCCUUAGUGGCAGUAACAGCCGCUUUCAAAAGUUUGGCUACCUUGAAUUGAAAGGCUACAAGUCCAAGGUUUUUGUGGUGCUCAUCCUGGCAGAGAUGUGGCUAUACAAAAGUGAGCAGUUCUUUAAGAUGGGUAUUGCCAUAUGCCUGAUUGAGAUGCAUAGCACCACCAUUCGAGAAGCCAAAGGCCGCAGCUUUGAACUCAUUACCCCAUUCAAGAUCUUCAGUUUCGUUGCCGAAUCUGAACGAGAGAAGAGAGAGUGGAUGGAGGCCCUACAGAACUCCAUUGCAGAAACACUCUAUGACUAUGAGGUAGCUGAGAAGAUCUGGUCUAACAAAGCGAACCGGUUCUGUGCUGACUGUCAUGCUCCGAGUCCCGACUGGGCUUCUGUCAACCUGUGUGUGGUGAUCUGCAAGCAUUGUGCAGGUCAGCACCGAAGUCUAGGCUCCAGCAUUUCUAAAGUGCAGAGUCUGAAGCUGGACACAAGUAUCUGGAGUAAUGAAAUGGUUCAGCUGUUCAUCAUGCUGGGAAAUGAACAAGUGAACAAAUUUUGGGAAGCGCACCUCCCACCUUCUGAGGCCUUAUACCCAGAUGCCAAUGCUGAGCAGAGACGAAAUUUCAUCUCUUGCAAGUACCGCUAUGGACGUUACUGUAUGCCACAUCCACACUACAGCAGCCAGGAAGACAUUUUGCAGGCAUUGUGUUCAGCUGUGUCUGGGCCUGGACUGCUAAAGACAAUGUUGCUGUUCUUUGCAUCCGCCAUGGAAACAGAGGUGGGACCUUGUGGCAACACUGUGGAAGCCAAGCCAUUGUGCAACAAUGGCCAAGGUCAACAAAGCAGCUCCCCAGGCAAUGUUGGGGUGGAGGAUCUGAGCCCAGAAGGAGUCUACAAUGAGGUCACACAACCCAUUGCCCAUUCUGGCUAUCUGUACAAGGCUCCGGCCGUGACAAAACUCACAGUGAUCAAGAAGAGCAGAGAGGAAUUUCAGAGAGUCUGGUGCUCACUGGAGAAGUCUUUUCUCUUCUAUGAUACUGAUAAGAGCUCCGAACCACUGGCAAAGAUAGAAAUGGUUGACGUAAUUUCACUUGGUGUGAACAGAACAGAGGUGCAGGCUAAUCCUGGGUCCUCAGACAGGAUCCACUUCACGUUGGAGCUAUACCUGAGCAAUGAACGAGUACAACAGCUGGAAGCUGAUGGUCCAGAUAGUCUGCAGUCCUGGGCCAGUGCCAUUGGAAAGUGGUUCACCCCUCUCAGUUGCCAUUGCCUGCUGGGCUACGAAUUCCAGAGGGUGGGCAGGCUCUGCUAUAAGUCCAUGUUGAAUCCCAAUCAGUGGCUGCAAGGUUUCUUCAUCCUCCAGAAAUCUCACCUUUUCAUCUGCCCAGGGGAAGAGGGGGCAACGGAGGACAGCAUCAACCUGCGGCAACUUCAGGAGCUCAGUGUUGUUCCUCUUCCUGAAGGCACAGAGAAGAAAGAGAUGCUGGUCCUGGUGGAGAUGGGGAGGACCUUCUGCCUUCAAGGAACAUGCCGACUAGACUUCUCCACCUGGUGCAUGGCUAUUCAGGCUUCAGCCAGUGGCCAGGGGAAUGCCUUGAGAGAUCAGCAACUCAGCAGGAGUGGUAUCCCCAUCAUUGUGAACAGCUGCAUUGCUUUCAUUACCCAGUAUGGGCUGCAACAUGAAGGCAUAUAUCGGAAGAACGGUGCCAAGUCCCGCAUCAAGCUUUUGAUGGAGGAUUUCCGUCGGGAUGCCCGAAAUGUUAAAUUGCGCAUCAGUGAUAAUUUCAUUGAGGAUGUGACAGAUGUGCUGAAGAGGUUUUUCCGGGAGCUUGAGGAUCCUGUCUUCACUACAUACUUGCACCCACAGUGGAAGGAAGCUGCAGGAAUCCUCCAGAAAUCACAACAACUGGAAAAAUACAAGGAACUGAUAAACCACCUGCCCCACCUCAACCGCAGAACUCUGGCUGCUCUGAUUGGCCAUCUGUAUCGGGUGCAGAAGUGUGCUGACCUCAACCAGAUGACUACCAAGAACCUGGCUCUUCUAUUUGCACCCAGCCUCUUCCAGACUGAUGGGAAAGGGGAGCAUGAGGUCAAGGUGAUGGAGGACCUAAUUGAUAACUACGUCUACAUCUUCAAUAUUGAUGAAGACCAAGUGUUACAAAUGGACCUGGAGAACAGUCUGAUUACUACCUGGAGGGACGUGCAGCUCUCACAAGCUGGUGAUAUCAUUUUAGAGGUGUAUCUCGAACUGAAGAAUCCUGACUGUUGUGUCACUCUUAAGGUAUCCCCUGUCAUGAGAGCAGAAGAACUUACAAAUCGAGUUCUGGAGAUGCGAAAUGUGGCAGCAAGUCAGGAUAUUUGGCUGACCUUUGAGGUCUUAGAGAACGGAGAACUUGAGCGCCCCUUGCAUCCUAAGGAGAAGGUUCUGGAGCAAGCUCUACAGUGGUGUAAACUCUCCAAACCCAGCUCUGCCUAUUUGCUAGUGAAAAAGGUGCCUAUUCGGGAAGGCAGUUGCCUUUUCACUGGCAUCAAACGAGAGAGCCCCAAAUGUGGUCUGUUAAAGUGUCGUGAGGAAUGGCCCAAGCUUCUGGGGAACAAGUUUCAGGAGCGCUAUUUUGUCAUCAAGGACCACAAGCUGCUUAUGCUGAAAGAGAAGCGGAGUGUGAAACCGGAACGGGAAUGGCUACUGGACAUGGCCAAAGUUUACAUGGGGAUUCGAAAAAAGCUAAAGCCACCUUCACAGUGGGGUUUUACUCUAGCCCUGGAAAAACAGCAACUGUAUUUGGCAUGCACUGGACAAUCAGAACUGUGGGACUGGACCACCAGCAUCCUGAAAGCCCAGCAUGACAGCAUCCGUACAGUCAUCCUGCGUCGACGCUCUUCUUCUGACUUGGCCAAGCAGAAGUUUGGCACCAUGCCCCUGAUUCCUCUCCGUGGAGACAGUACCAACCCCACAAUGCUCUCUGCUAAUCAGACCUUGCACCGACUACAUACCCGAAGGACAUUGUCCAUGUUCUUUCCAAUGAAGAUCCAUCAGGGUUCAUUAGAAGAGCAGCAGGAAACAGAAGAGUCCGAACCUGUCUAUGAGGAGGUUGGCACCUUUACAGACCUGGGUUUUUUGGAACUCCGUGACUCCCUGCUCCCUCCUGUGGAUCGGACCAAGAAGCCAGUUACUGCUCCAGAGCAGGGGAUGCCAAACUCCCUGCCUCCCUGCCCUGCCCCCAGAGCAUCAGGAAGUGAUGUAGGGAAAGCAGGAUGCCUGCAGAAGACUCCUAGCCUGGAGUUACAGAAGGACUCCACUGCAAAUAAACCCCCAGCGCAUGGAACAACUUCAGCUGAAAAAGAGUCUGGACAGCUUCAAGGACCACCUGCCUCAGAAAGAGAGCAGGACCAGCCAAACGAAGUCACAACCCUCCACCCAGAACCUCCCACUGGAAUGGAGACUCAAUUUGGUGACACCAGAAGAAAAAGCUCCCAAGCAGACUUAUCCAUUGGUAAUAAGCUAAUGCAGGAACUGAGCGCAGCCAUCCUCCGGAAGAAUGAAUGCCAAACUCUGCCAGUGACAACAGGAAAGCAGACUCUCCCACCAGAGGAUGGGAAAGUUCACCUGGAAGGUUCAUAUAAUCUAAGGACUGGGAGCUCUUAAACUUCAGUACUGAGGGACCCUAAAAUAGAGUCACAGUGCUUGUUGAGCUAUACAACUUAUCUGGAGCAUAUACAAACACGUGUUCUUCCUCAAAGCGUAGCUGUAAGAACUUUCUCCCCUUACUGUCCACUAGAAAUAUUUUACUAUGAAAUAUCAGUCACUGCUACAGUUUGGGCAAAAUGGCAGAUGGUAAGGUGUAAGAAGGGGAGUUUCACUGUGCUGAAUGGUGCAUCCCUGUCUUGACCUCAGCCCUGUCACAGGACCAUCUUAUAUCCAUAUGCAUCCAUAUGCAUUAUAACUCUGUACAUACCCAGGUCUGUGUGUCAUGCCAAACUUCUUUCUCCCAAUGUGGCACUGAGUGGAAGAUUCAGAUUUCUGGGCAUCCCAGCCUUUAUGCAAGUGUGUGUACAACGUUUGUUGGAAUUCUGAAUGUCAGAGAAAUGGUUUGAAAGAGUCAGUGUUUCUUCACCAUCCUGCCAAAACAGAAUGAGUUACAUAAAAUAGUACAAACUGAAAAAAAGGGAAUUACCAUUUUGCAGAAUUUGCUCAGCAACCAUAAUUUGUACAUGUCACCCGACCUCAGCUGCUUAUGAUAUAGAAUUUAGAUGGCUUGUUCAGAAAGUAUACACAGGUCUGCACAUAUUUCUAACCAAGGCCUAAAGAGUAAAUGCUAUUACAAGGAUAAGGAAAUCCCCGUUGCACAAGGCAAAUCUGGUAAUAUUUAUAUUGCGAAUUGGAUUAAAGAAUUUUGUAUAAUA